AUGUAAAAACUACAGACAUUCUUGUUAAAGGUGGAGAUGAUAAGUUUUUAUUUCCUUAAUAGCUUAUACAAUCAAAAUGACUGCUUGUAAAUAAGAAUGCAAGUAUGUGAAUUCGCUAAGGACAAAGGAAAAUAGUGGGUUCAAAACUUAAUAAUCCAUUGA